AACGACACGAAUAAAGGAAAUUAAAGAAGAUAUGAUAUAACUUCAAUAUUCUCCCACCUUAGAAAUAAAAUAAGCGAGACAGUCCUUUUUAAAAUGGGCAAUUUCCGCUUUUAUUUUGAAAGAAAAGUCGCUAUUGUUCUGUUUGGUUUGAUUCUUCAUCACCACUGUACAGCUGCAGACCGCAAAGAGGUCCGCCUCUCUGGAUCAGCGUCUCGGAGCCGUAAAGUGGCCCGAGAGCCCCCAAAGUUGAAGCUUUUUCAUUAAUGCUGUGAAAAGAGGCGACGAAACGUCAAAAGAGGGAUAAACAUGCCAGGUCAAGUCUGGGAAGGAAUUCGUUUUCCUGCCCAAUAUCCCCAGGGCACCUCAGUGAAUGACUAAGAGAACAACUAGGUCAAAUUAUCCCAAACUGUUUUGGGCAAAACCUCUACUGUCGAAAAUAAAAUAAACCUUCUGAUCCGCAAAUUUACACCACAGACCACAUAAAUAUUAUGUCCUAAAACCCGAAAGAAUUUCCUUUGUCAUGCAGUUUUUAUCCAUCUCAUUUUAUUUAUUCACGUGUGAGCAACGGACAACACCAGAACAAACAGGAUACAAACAGAAACACUAACUUUUACGCACGACUAUUAUUCUUGUGCCAAAUAAAGAAACGCAUGUGACAGCUGUAGGCCUGCACUGAGAAACCCGAGACAUUAACCUCUGAAAGGCCCAAUCCCGGAAUUCCCACAGACCCCUAAGCACUUCAGCAGACCCCCACACAGACAGAGAGAGUUACCAGCAGCAGAGGACAGAAGAAGCGAACUAAUAUGUUGGAUAUCAUCUUAUCAUGGUUGUGUUUUGCGCAAAAGGAGACGCAUUGUUGGCGUUGCUUUGUUUGACCUUUGUUUUUAUGACAGCCGCACAAUAUGAAAACUACAAAUUCAAAAAUUUCCCCAAAGAGGAGCUCAUGCCCCUCAACACUGCGUAUGGAUUGGCUUUGGAUCAUUACGCAGCAGAGAAGUGGACGGAAUCGAUCAAAUACUUGGAACUGAGUUUGCGUUUGCACCGGCUUCUUAAAGACAGCGUGAGAUACUGCGUGCUGCUCUGUAACAGCAGCAAACAUGAAGAACCGUCGUUCACAGGAAGCCGGGACCUCCGCGUCUACUGGCUCGUUAUGAUGAGGGCGUCCUGUCAGAAGAAGUGCAGGGCGCAUUUCCCCGCGCUGCAGCUGCCUCCCCCCGGCAGAGAGAUCCUGGAGGACUUCAGAAGAAGAUCUCCGUACAGAUAUCUGCACUUUGCGCACUCCAGGUUGAAUGACCUGCAGAGGGCUAUCCCAUGUGCCUACACCUUCCUCCAGAAGAACCCUGAGGACCAGGAGAUGCAUCUACUGAUGGAAGAGUACAAGAGCCAGUACAACCUGAGCGGCUACCUCACAGACCACGAAGAACAACCAUAUGAGCCCUCCUUCCUAAGAGGAGUAAAUCUCAUCAAUUCAGGUGACUACAGCGGCAGUGUUGAAUACAUGGAGGAAACGCUGAGGCUCUAUCUGCAUGAGUACGACAUCUGUCAGGCAGACUGUGAAGGGAUCGUUCAACUUUCACCAGACAGUGAUUUCUACGCAGUCGUGGCAGAUGUCUACACUGACGUAUUACAGUGUAAGCUGAAGUGUGAAGAACACUUGAUGCCUAAUGUUGGGGGAUAUUUUGUGGUGAAAUUUGUGGCCACUAUUUACCACUACCUCCAAUACGCCUAUUACAAGUUGAACGAGGGCCGCAGCGCGGUGCCCUGUGCAUACAGCUACUUCCUUUUUGAACCCGAAGACCAGGUCAUGAAGCAGAAUCUGGUGUAUUAUAAAGCCUACAGUGAACAGUGGGGCCUUCAGUCCGACCACUUCACACCCAGGAUGGAGGCUCUCAAACACUAUAACCAGACGCUCGCUCAAAAGCAGAUGCUGACAUUAGCAGAGAAGUACUCUCAGUUGGACGAUGAGGAUUUUCUUGGACCAGAGGAAGCUGCACUUUUGGCCUCUGAGUCUCCCGAUGUGGAGUUUGAAGGGAUGGGAGACUACGAGGAAUCCAUCUAUGCUGACUGGAGCCAGCCGAAGGGCAAAGGAGACACUGGGGAGUCUGAAGAGAGCCGAGAGUGAGGAUUUUACACAGCAGUAGAUCUAAAUAUGUCAUUUAUAUCCUUAAUUAGUCGGUCAUUUUAGAGUCAUUAGUCAGAUAAAUAAGGUAGUUUUACACACAGUGUGGUUUAAUUAUCCUUGUUUAUAUUCAUCUACUCUGUUUUUAAGAAAUAAAAGAAAGUCAAUAACUGUUUUCACUUUCCUACUAGUUCCUACUUCCUCACUAGAGUCAACAUUUUAUUGUCUAGAUUGAGUAAAAUACUGUAUAUUACAGUCAAUGAUGAAUAUCAUAGUGUGCAUGUCACCUACUUAAAGGUCUAAGCAUUGAUUCAUGACUUAGCUUAAUGACAAUAAAGUUAAGAACUACAUAAAGCUAUCACUGUAUUUACUAGUCUUUAUCUUUGAGCUGUUAAUUGUUACAUACAGUAUAUUACUUUAUUAAAAAGUAUGUUUAACCCCUGAACUGCUAUGAUUAAUACGUCUGUAUGGAAAACUUCUUCUUUGUACUUAUAUUAAAAAAACGUUUGAUUGUA